UUCAGGUUCUACUACAAGAUGGUAUUCGGACGUAAGAAGGACGACGACGAUUCCUCUAACCGCCGUGCGCUCUUCGGCUCUAGGUCGAAGAAUAAGAGCCCCGCGCCUCCCGCCAACCCUUACGCAAAGCCUAUUCCUACUGACCCUUAUACUAAAGCCAAGAUCAAUGCCGGAGUGGCUCCUCUACCAGCGGGCGAACAGCCACCUGCUCACAACACCCCUGCGGGCGCAAACGUCCCUGGCGAUAACAAGCUCCAGGGAGGUUACGCUCCCAACAAGUUUGUCAACCAAGGUGGAUAUGGAGGUGAUCGAUUUGGUGGUGGGGGUCCAGCCCCGGCCGCGUCGCGUUAUGGCCCCGGUGGCUAUGGAGGAUUAGGUAGCGCCGAUCCCAAUGAUCCAGGUGACGCUGGCAGAGAAGCAUUGUUUGGAGGAGCUAGGGAAAGAGCGGAACAACAGCAGCCACAGGGUGCACCACCACCCCCGUACUCCGAGGGCACCCCCUCUUACGGCGGCGGUAGCAAUGCAUACACCACCUCGACCUAUCAGGAACGCCAUCUUACAGCAGAGGAAGAGGAAGAGGAAGAGAUCCAGACCAUCAAGCAGGACAUCCGGUUUAUCAAGCAGGGUGAUGUGGCAUCCACCCGGAAUGCCCUUCGUAUCGCGGCACAGGCCGAGGAGACAGGCCGGGAGACUCUUGCUCGUUUGGGUGCGCAAGGCGAGCGUAUCCACGAUACUGAGAAGAGCUUAGACAUUGCCACGAUAGAAGGCCGUAUUGCCGAGGAGAAGGCAAAGGAGUUGAAGACGCUUAACAAGAGCAUGUUCGCCGUUCAUGUCUCAAACCCUUUUACCAGCGCCCGUCGUCGCCGAGACCGCGAUGAGAAGAUCUUGAAUACUCACCGGGAAGAGCGUGAAACACGUGAAGGCACUCGCAAGGAGGCUUUCGGCACCAACCAGCGUAUGGAGCGCACUUUCAGAGAGAUCGACCGUGAAGCCGGCAAGCAUAACGGACGAGCGCGUACGAACGCUACCGAGCGUGCUAAAUAUCAGUUCGAGGCUGAUAGUGAGGAUGAGGCGAUGGAGGACGAGAUUGAGCAGAAUCUGGACUUGCUUUCCGGAGCAGCUGGCCGGUUGCAUGGGCUUUCUAAAGCGACAGGUCGCGAGCUGGAUGAGCAGAACCGCCAUCUGGAGCGUAUCAUGCAAAAGAGCGAUUUUGUCGACGACCAGAUUGCUAUGAACCGCGCCAAGCUGGACCGGAUUCGUUAG